AUGCAGUUCACAGAUCUCGGCGAUUUGCCGAUCCUUCUCAUUGCUGAGGUACUUGGCCAAGAUAGGGAUAUCAACGCUCUUGUGCGGGUUAAUCGCACCCUCUACAAACUCCUGAACCCAGUCCUUUAUAGACACAAUAUUCGGUACUCAGGAAACUCUGCUCUGAAGUGGGGAGUGUCUAAUUGCCUGGAAGGGACUGUCCGCUUGUCUCUGGUGUAUGGUGCCCCUAUUGAAUUCAGUACUGGAUCGGUGUCUGGCGAGGACGACGAUGAGAGGGACACAGAUGAGCAACUGGAACACGCCUACGGAUACGAAAACAUGUCCCUCGUCUGCAUUGCAGCCAAGAAGGGCAAUCCAUAUAUCCUGAGAUUACUGCUUGAACAUGGGGCGAAUCCAAACUGUGGUUAUGGUCGUUGUCGGCGUGUUCCAAUCUCGCUUGCAGUCCAAUACGGACACGAUCCCAUAUUUACGCUUCUCAACGAGCACGGUGCUGAUAUGAAUCCAGAGGAUGACCCCCCACUCUACCUGGCGCUCUUAAAGGGUUCCGUGGAAAACGUCAAGAUGCUGCUGGAGGCGGGCGCAAAUCUCGAGAUUUUCCAAGCUAACACCGGGCUCAGUGCUGUUGAAGGGGCUGUACGGACAGGGGAUAAAGACAUGUUUGAGUUCCUUGUACUCAGUCAACGGCUGAAUCCGUACGACUGCAAUGGACAUACAGUUCUCGAUAUUGCCGCACAAGCGGGCCAGAUCGACCUUGCGAAAUACUUUCUGCGUUAUGGACUCAAUCCCGAGAGAGAAGACUCGAAUGAACGCACUGCCAUUUUCUUCGCCGCCAUGUACGGGCACCUGGAGAUUGUGGAAAGUCUGCUUGCGGCAAGAGUUAAUGCUGAUAAGCCAGACGUCAAUGGCACCACCCCUCUCUCGGCAGCAGUCAAAGGGAAUCAUCGAGAAGUCUCUAAGGCUCUUCUCUGCCAUGACGUUGAUCCAGAGUCUGUGGACUUCAUGGGACGAACUCCUCUAUAUUGGGCAGUGCAUUGUGGUGAUCCUGCCCUUGUCGAACUCCUCCUCACCAGCAACGGCGUCGAUCCUAACUUUCAGGCCCAGUAUAACCAUACAUUUGUGGCUCUUGCGGCAAGUAACGGGAAUAUCUUGGUGGUCAAAGCGCUUCUUGAUCACGGAGCAGAUCCAACUAUCCGAGACUUCUUCGGCCGUACUCCGAUUGUUCUGGCAGCAAUAGAAGGCCGGACGAAUGUGAUCAAAACUCUAGUUAAACAUGGGGUUGACGUGAACUCAGCCGAUAACGCGGGGCGGACUGCGCUUUUUUGGGCGUCUGGGGAGGAUCACCUUGACACUGUAAAAGUACUGCUGAGGUAUGGCGCUGAUACAGACAAACCAGAUAAAGGCGGUAGAACGCCAAUCUCUAGAGCGACGGAACGAGGCCAUCUCAGGAUUGUGAAAGUUUUGCUCCAGCAUGGGGCCAAUGCAGAAGCCGGAGAUAACUGCUAA